GUCCCAUUUUCCCUUGUACUUAUACCUCGAGAAUCCUGUUUCUUCCCCUCUCCUUUCCACUGAUCUUUUACUCUCACCCCCUCUGAUAUAUAGGCGCAAUCGCCCUUUAAUUGUUCCUCCUUCGUUGUCUUCCGAGUCCCUCAUCUUGGCAAAAGUACAUUUUAUCUCUCAAAGACAAUUGCUCUGUGUAUAUACACAGUGAACCAAUUUCUCUUCGUUUGCGACAAUCCAAGGCUGCGAUCCUAUAUUGACCUGCAAAAGCAGUCAGCAUGGAGCCAAAACCGGACGUUGAGUCCAAGGUCGAUGUUCCCCCCGAGAAGGCCCCCGCUUCUCUUGACGCGGUUCCUCUGGAGGAAACUGCGGUUGGCAAGAGCCGUUGGGAGCGUAGUUGGCCCACGAUUGCAUGCGGCGCUGGUCUUUUCUCUGAUGGCUACCUCAAUGGGAUCAUUGGACCUGUAAAUACCAUCUUGAAGAGACUGUACCCUGAAGAAUACUCCAACUCACCCGCCAGCCAAAAUGUAUCCUCUAUUACUUUCGCCGGUACUGUGGUCGGCAUGCUUAUCUUUGGAUACACAAGUGAUCACUGGUCGAGAAAAUGGUCCCUAAUGAUCUCUACAAUAAUCUUGUUCCUCUUUGCCGCUCUGUGUGCUGGUGCCUAUGGGUACCAUAACAGCCAUUAUGGUCUGUUUGCUGCACUUACUGCAUACCGUUUCUUCCUGGGAAUUGGAAUUGGCGGCGAGUACCCUGCAGGGUCUGUCGCAGCCGCGGAGAACACUGGUGAACUCAAACAAGGCCAUCGCAACAGAUGGUUCGUGAUGUUCACCAAUUUCCAAAUCGAUUUUGCCUAUGUUGUCUCCGCCCUGGUCUCAAUGAUAUUGGUUUUGAUUUUCACCGAAAAUCAUUUGCGUGCGGUCUGGCGUAUUGGUUUGGGACUCGGUGUCAUUCCACCUCUUAGUCUGAUCUAUCUCCGGUUGAAGUUGGAGGAGCCCGAGGAGUUUAACCGGGAGCGCAUGCACAAGUUUCCUCUUUGGCUGAUUAUCAAGUUCUAUUGGAAGCGUCUGUUUAUAUGCUCAUUGAUCUGGUUCCUCUAUGAUUUUUCUUCUUAUUCUUUCAGCAUCUACUCGUCUGACUGGAUCGCUAUUAUCCUGGGAGACAGUGCUCCUCUCUGGCAGAGCUUCGGUUGGACUACACUGACAUAUACCUUCUACAUCCCCGGAUCUUUUCUAGGAGCACUGUCGAGUGAUUGGCUGGGGCCCCGCAAUACCCUGGCCCUCGGUGUCUUGCUGCAAGGCAUUGUUGGGUUUAUCAUGUCUGGCUGCUAUGAGUAUCUCUCAACGCCUAAGAAUGUCGCAGCAUUCGUGGUGGUUUUCGGCAUUUUCUCGAGUCUUGGUGAGUUUGGUCCUGGCGACAACAUUGGACUGUGCUGUGCCAAGAGCAGCGCAACCGCUGUACGGGGCCAGUUCUACGCCAUCGCUGCAGCAGCUGGAAAGAUAGGCGCGUUUGUUGGGACUUAUGUGAUCCCGAUCAUUCAAGACAACGCGCCUAACAAGAUUCGGUCCGGUCAGGACCCCUUCUUCGUCUCCAGUUCACUCUGCAUCUUUAGUGCUGCUUUGGCCUUUUUCCUCCUACCAAACAUCGGACAGGACACCAUCACAUAUGAGGAUGCCAAAUUCCGGGCCUAUCUAGAGGCUCAUGGUUACGACACUUCUGCCAUGGGCAACCGAGAGGAGCGGUAGUCGAUUUCCUCCUGCAACCCGCGCGCCUUACGGACCUGCUAAAACAACGCAUCUGAACCGCUAGCCCGGACAACGUCCCAGCCUAACAAGCGCCAACCUUCCCGUACCCCAAGCGACAUUCCAACAGAAGAACGGCCCAUGCAACAUCUUCUAAGAAAGCCCAAGCAGCGAAUGCGCGAUGACCGACGAUGGAAGUUGGUGUGAAGAUGCCCAAGCGACCCCGGAAGAGAACACGCCCAGACGCGCAAUUUUGGUAGCAAACAAAUCACCCGAUUGGAGCCCCUGGAAAGGAUGCUCGGGGUCAUAAGUUAAGAGAGUAUGGUUAAUGACUCGAUGACUAUGUAUCAGUGAUGUAAUGUAUAGAAAUACUAUUAUUAUGCUUUAUA